UUUCUAAGAAGAAGAUUUUUACAGACUUUUUAGUUGAAAUUGGCUUAGUGGUUCUGAAGAAAAGGUUGAAAAUGUGAAACGUUUACAGACGGAAGGACAGACGGACGGACGACAAACAAAACGUGAUCAGAAAAGCCCAUUUGAGCUUUCAGCUUGGGUAAGCUAAUAAUGAACAAAAGAUGCUUUUUAUUAUUCUCAUAAAAAAAUUUUCAAUAAAAGAAAUCAAAACGGCUUAUCAACAUUGCUUAACAUGAUUUAUAAGAUAUUAAUAAUAAAAAAAAUGGAGGGGGUAGAAAUAUGACUCAUACAUUACCGUUGCUAUAGGAUAUUUGUUAACAAAGGGUCAAAAGAACAAAAAUAUUUACUAUUUUAGAACUUUUAAUUUCAUAACAAAAUAAUUCUUUCUGAUCAAUAUAGCGUAAUAUGCAAAUUCUGGAUAGAUGAGCAUUGGAAAAAAAGCUUUGCUAUAAUUCUUUAAUCAAGCAAGAUGCUCGCCUUCAUUUGGUGAUAUUUUUUCUAAAAUUUCAUAUGCAAGAAAGAAAAAGAAAUUCCUGAGAUGUUAAAAAACAAACAAUUGAAAUUUUUAAAACUAAAAGAGAUUUCCAUGCAUAUGGUCCAUUGGUUUAAAUUUAUAACCCUUUGAAUACAUUGAUACGAUUAAAGUAGCAUUUUUGCAAAACACACCACAUGAAAAAAAACAUAAGGAUAAGUUUUAUUUAACUUGACCUCGUUAAUGCAAUAAAAUGAUAAAACAAAAGACAGUUCGACGUGUUGUUGAUCUUAUCAAGGGGUUUAAAUCGUGUCACAAUGAAACAAGCCACCCCUAAAGCACCUUAAUACUAACCAACCCCUAACUCCAUUUUUUGUGUACAUAUCUUUCCGUUUGUGGAAUCAAAACAUACAAAUUAUCCUAAUGACGACGAGGCUAGUGGAAGAAACACACUGCGAAUGACGGACAAACAAAAGCAGGUUGCUCGUGGGAUAGUGCAAAAAUGGCGGGAAAAAGCAGAAAAAACAGACCAACAAAAACAGAUUUACCUUGGGAUAGCUCAAAAAUGGCGGAAAAAAACACAAAAGAACCAAGACAGGGAAUAUUUGGAUUCCAAAACAGGGACGUACAAACUGAGAGAAUACAGACCCAGAUCGCCUGACACACCCAAACUCCGCGAAUAUAAACCUAAAUUCAAAGAGGUCAAAGUUCGUGAGUACGUGCCAAAAUCACACGUGACCGGAAACCAGUACGUCACGUUACGGGAAUACGACCAUACUUACGAGGUGGAGCCACCCGAUGAUGAUGAUAGACCUACGGGAGAGCCUCGGUUUUGUAAACCCUACAGAGCGAUAGGCUCCAUCAAAAGAACGUUAGCCAUGCUGUUUCCUCCUGUUCGUUGAGGUACCACAAAGAGGAAUCCAGUCACAUGUACAUACUCCAUUUUUUCCAUAAACUAGUCCACCAUUUUUUCCAUAAACUAGUCCAUUGUACUAUAAAAUAAACACCGUAAAAACUUUUUUUGUGGUUUCUCAUUUACUUGUUUUAAGCACGAAGUCUAAUUUUUGGUUUUCAUGUGCAGGAAGUCCGAUCCAAAAUCUCCAAAAAAAAAAAAAAAAAGCAUGCCCUUAACUUCUCACGUCAAAAUACGAACUUAAAUUUUUGUCUUGGUUGAACUACAUGUAUAUACACGCAUAUUCUACAUGCCAUUUGAAAUAAACAGGGUUAUAUACAUUAGUAUAAGACCAGAUAUUUACAGUACUAGUAUAUGUACGUGCAGUUUUCAA